UCGUCCCCAACACAGAGACAACACACAAACACUGAGUUAACUCAGAAAAAUCGAACAAAAAUGGAAGGAAUGUCAUAUCAACGCUUCCCCCGAGUCAAAAUCCGCGAACUCAAAGACGACUACUGCAAAUUCGAGCUCCGAGAUACCGACGUGUCGAUGGCAAACGCUUUACGGCGAGUGAUGAUAGCCGAAGUCCCGACGGUCGCAAUCGACUUGGUCGAAAUCGAAGUCAACUCGUCGGUCUUAAACGACGAGUUCAUAGCUCAUAGACUAGGGCUUGUCCCGUUGACGAGUGAGAGAGCAAUGGCUAUGCGAUUCUCACGUGACUGUGACGCUUGUGAUGGUGACGGUCAGUGUGAGUACUGCUCUGUUGAGUUUCAUUUGAGAGCUAAGUGUAUCACUGAUCAGACGCUUGAUGUUACUAGCAAGGAUUUGUAUAGCUCUGAUCAUACUGUUGUUCCGGUCGAUUUUUCGGAUUCGGCUGGUUAUGAUUCCUCUGAGCAAAGGGGAAUUACUAUUGUGAAGCUGCGAAGGGGGCAAGAAUUGCGACUGAGAGCAAUUGCGAGAAAAGGGAUUGGGAAGGAUCAUGCCAAAUGGUCUCCUGCUGCCACAGUGACUUUCAUGUAUGAACCAGACAUUCAUAUCAAUGAGGAUAUGAUGGAAACUUUGUCGCUUGAGGAGAAGCAAAGUUGGGUGGAUAGUAGUCCUACCAAAGUAUUUGACAUUGAUCCCAAUACUCAACAGGUUAUAGUGGCAGAUCCUGAAGCAUACACUUAUGAUGAUGAAGUCAUUAAGAAAGCAGAAUCUAUGGGGAAGCCAGGGCUUAUAAGUAUCCGUGCCAAGGAGGACAGUUUUAUAUUCACAGUUGAAUCAACUGGCGCAGUUAAAGCUUCUCAACUGGUACUCAACGCCAUUGAAAUUCUGAAAACAAAAUUGGAUGCUGUUCGCCUGUCUGAAGAUACCGAGGGAGCUGAUGAUCAGUUUGGGGAGCUAGGUGCUCACAUGCGCGUGGGAUGAGCAUGUAAAAUUUCAGCACCCUUCCUUUACUUUAUCGAACUUAUUUACAUCUUAUCCUAACCGCAUAUUUUUAUGCUAAGUACAUCCCUGCAUCUGUAUGAAACAUUAACUUCUACCUGUUGUACUGAGUAAGCCUACUUGCAUCAUUUUACGUGCUUUAAUAGGAUUCGUCAUGCAUGUUAGACUUCAAUUAACAGAUGUAUUAUAGAAGUUUUACUGCUAUGACUUUAAAAACGUGCUGACUUGCUAAGAUUUACUCGUUUUAAUUAGCAGACUGAAAACUUUAUUA